AUGGGGAUCAAACUAUACACAAUCCAACCUUUGUACAUUCAUAGUGAAACUCCAAAAGCCUUAAUCAUCAUACAUAUAAAGAUGACCACGGUGGCAAGUCUGUUGUCUGAGAAUCCAGUUGUGGUAUUCAGCAAAACAACAUGUUUUAUAAGCCACUCGAUCGUAGAACUCAUUAGAAAAUUCGGGGCUAACCCUAUGAUAUAUGAGCUUGAUGAGCUUCCUAGUGGGAGUAGAAUAGAAAGAGAGUUAAUAGAGUUUGGAUGCAACCCUAGUGUGCCUGCUGUGUUCAUAGGGAAGAAGCUUAUUGGUGGUGCUAAUGAGCUGAUCAGCCUCAAUUUGCAAAGCAAGCUUAGACCACUACUCAUCAAUGCUAAUGCUAUAUGGAUGUAG